AUGAGUGAAGGGGCUGCCUGCGCCUCCCCACCUGGUGCUGCUGCUGCUGAGGAGGGGGCGGCGGCGGCGGCGGCUGGGGGCCCGGACGGGGAUGGGGCUCCCGACCCCCCCAGGGAGCUGCGAUGUAGUGACUGCAUCGUCUGGAACCGGCAGCAGACGUGGCUGUGUGUGGUGCCUCUUUUCAUCGGCUUCAUCGGCUUGGGGCUCAGCCUCAUGCUGCUCAAAUGGAUCGUGGUGGGCUCCGUCAAGGAUUAUGUCCCCACCGAGCUGAUGGAUUCCAAAGGGAUUGGGCAGGACCCCUUCUUCCUCUCCAAGCCAACCACCCCGCCGAAGAGCAUGGAGACCACCACCACCAGCACGUCAAGGACACCCAACCGGAUAAGCACCCGCUUAACCACCAUGACUCGGGCACCCACCCGCUUCCCGGGGACCCGGGUCCCCAUCCGGGCGAGCCCCAGAUCUACCACUGUGCGUCAUACAGCUGCCCCCCCUACCAGUCUCUCCACUACGGUCCCCUUCAGCACCACCAUCCUGACCUCCCGUCCGCUACCCGGGACCCCCAGUACCCAGCCAAUGCCCAUCUGGCCCACUGCGGCAUACGCUACCUCCUCCUAUAAGAUCUAUGUUCACGACUCUGCUCCAUCCUGGACCUUAUCUCCCUUCCAGGAGUCCACCACCACCACACCAGAAACUAGCACUAGCCCCAAAUUCCAUACCACAACGUAUUCCACUGAGCGAUCUGAGCACUUUAAGCCAUGCAAAGACAAGGAUCUUGCAUACUGUCUCAAUGAUGGGGAAUGCUUUGUGAUUGAAACCUUAACUGGAUCACACAAACACUGCCGGUGCAAAGAGGGCUACCAAGGAGUCCGCUGUGACCAAUUUUUGCCGAAAACCGACUCAAUCUUGUCAGAUCCAACAGAUCACUUAGGAAUUGAAUUCAUGGAGAGUGAAGAGGUGUACCAACGCCAGGUGCUGUCUAUUUCCUGUAUCGUCUUUGGCAUAGUCAUAGUGGGCAUGCUCUGUGCUGCGUUCUACUUCAAAACAAAGAAACAAACUAAACAAAUUCAGGAACAGCUGAAAGAGACAGAGAAUGGAAAAACCUACAGCCUUAAUGCUUCCAGCAUGAUGGCAAAAUCAGAAACCGUGGCACAAAGCCGAGUCCAGCUGCAAAAUUAUUCAAAGACAGACAGGCAUCCUGGGCCUGUGAUGGGAAAAGUUAUGGAGUCUAGUUUUUCAGGCACUCAAUCUUUCCCUGAAGCCUUGUCUCCUGACAGAGGAAGCCAGCCUAUCAAGCAACAUAGAAGUCUCUCUUCGUGCUGCAGUCCAGGACAAAGAAAUGGAAUGCUACACAAGAAUGCCUUUCGGAAGACUCCACCCUUAUCUCGGGGUAGGUUCAAUGGAAUUACAGGACCAGCAUAUCAACAGCUAGAAGAGUCAAGGAUCACAGAUCAGGACACAAUACCUUGUCAAGGGUAUUCAUCCACUGGUUUAAAAACUCCUCAGAAUACUUCAAUAAAUAUGCAACUGCCUUCACGAGAGACCACCCCCUAUUUUAAUAAUGUGGAUCAGAAGGACUUGGUUGGAUAUUCCGCAUCAAGGGCCAACUCAGUUCCCAUCAUCCCAUCGGUGGGCUUGGAUGAAGCCUGCAUGCAAAUGCAAAAUGUUUCUGAAGUAACAGGAAUCAAAUGGUGCAAAAACUCCUAUUCAGCUGAACUUGUCAAUGUCAGUGCCCCAGUCAGCAAUUGUCUUAUAGCAGAACAACAGGAAGUGAAAAUAUUGCUAGAAACUGUCCAGGAGCAGAUUCGAAUUCUGACUGAUGCAAGGAGGUCAGAGGACUAUGAACUGGCAAGCACAGAAUCGGAGAACAGUGCAAGUGAAAACACAGCUUUUCUGCCCAUGAGUCCCAUGGCAAAAUUGGAACGAGAAGCAAAAUUUAUCUUAAAAAGCGAAACACACAGAGACUCGGCAUUGACCAAGUGACUUUGAGGAGAGUGGGGGUGGGGAGAUAAAGGAUCUGUGCACUCAAAGCUUUGCUAAACAGGAAAGGAAGGAAAUUAAAUACAAAUUAUUUAUAUGCAUUAAUUUAAAAGCAUCUACUUAGAAGAAACCAAAUAGUCAAUCGCCCUCAUAUCAUAGUGUUUUUUAACAAAAUAUUUUUUUAAGGGAAAGAAAAGUUCCAGGAGGGAUAAAGCAUACAUCUAAAGCUUUUCUGGUUUGGGUUUUUUUUUGAAGGGGGGGGGGGGUUGUUGUUUUUCUUUUUCAGAGUUACACAUUCAGUUGCAGUUACAGUAUGUUUUAAAACUGUCCUGUUUGGCUGUUAGAAGGCUUGGGACAUGCAUAUUUUUCAAAAAAGCCAAAUUCAUUCUUAGACUCUUUGGUUUCAAAGUAGAGCUGUGUUGAACUGUCCACCAGGGAUUCAUUCUCUGGUGAGCAAGUUCUUCUUGAGUAGCCUCAAAUAAAACAGGUCCAUAAUUAGCCCUCCAUUCUACCAGUAGCUUGGUCCCAGAUUCAUAAUUUUAAAACAAACCAACACACACACAAAGUCAGUCUUUCCUAUCUAAAUUCUAAAGUAUAGUUCCAAGCCACAUAAAAUCUGAAGCAACUGUAAAGCCCUGAUUCAGCCAGAUGCUUAAGCAUGUGGCUUCCUUUAAGUACACGAGUAGUCUUAGUGAAGUCAGUGGGACAACCCAUGACCUUUAAGUUAGCAUGUGCUUAAGUAUCUUGUUAAAUCAGGGCAUCAGAGCAGGAGAUGCAAUGAUCAGGUGUUGCUCACAACCACUGCGCAGCCCCAUCUCAUUGUGAACUGUGCUUUUUAAGUUUGGAUUUUCAGUGAGAAAGGGAAAGAAGAAGAAAAAGAUAGUGUGUGCGUGUGUGUGUUAUGAAUUUUCUACCAAUGGGAACUUAAACCACAUUAUUUUGUCACAAAAAUCACAGUAUUUUGAAAAUGUUAUACUUUGAAGACAUUUUUGAGCACUCCGAAAGAGCACUUUUAAAAUAUAUUUUUAGUAUGGUUUGUUCAGAGAUCAGUUGGGGAGAUACAA